AUGCACCCCGGGGGCGGGCUGGGUCUGGCCAAGGGGCUGGAGCUGGGCCUGGGCUCGAUGAGAGCCGGGAGAGCUGUCUUUCUGCGUCGGCGGCCGGGCCAGGGCGGUAGGAGUCGGUGCCUGCACUGUGGCCAUGUCUGUGUCAGCCAGGGACCGGGGCCCCGCAAGCCACAGCCCUCAGGCCAAACCCGGCUGGACACCCAUGUCUCCCUGGGGGUCUGGCAGAGGACAGUGACUGGCACCCCGUGCGCCCGGUGUUCCCCCCAAAGAAAUAGGGCCAGCCAGGACAUGGCUGCUGAUGUGCAGACGAAGAGAAGCAGUGACUGUCCUGAUGGUACAUUAGCCCCUUCUGAUGGACAGAGUGUGGAGAGAGCUGAGAGCCCCACGCCAGGACUGGCCCAAGGGAUGGAGCCAGGUGCCGGGCAGGAGGGUGCCAUGUUCGUCCAUGCCCGUUCCUAUGAAGACCUGACUGAGUCAGAGGAUGGGCAAGCUUCUGGGGACAGCCCCAAGGAGGGGGCUCAAGGUCCCCCGCCACUCCCUACUGAUAUGCGCCAGAUCAGCCAGGACUUCAGUGAACUAAGUACCCAGUUGACAGGUGUGGCUCGUGACCUGCAGGAGGAAAUGCUUCCUGGAAGCUCUGAGGACUGGCCAGGACCCCCCAGCGCAGGCAGCCGGCCAGCUAUAGAGCCUCCAGGGGAAGGCACAGAUGAAGGGGAUGAGAAGGAUGCCACAGAGGCAUGGCGCCUCCACCAGAAGCAUGUCUUUGUGCUGAGUGAAGCAGGGAAGCCUGUAUACUCCCGCCAUGGCUCUGAGGAAGCGCUUUCCAGCACCAUGGGUGUCAUGGUGGCCCUGGUUUCCUUUCUGGAGGCAGACAAGAAUGCCAUCCGCUCCAUCCAUGCAGAUGGCUACAAGGUGGUAUUCGUCCGCCGGAGCCCACUGGUGCUGGUGGCAGUGGCACGCACACGACAGUCGGCACAGGAGCUGGCACAGGAGCUGCUCUACAUCUACUACCAGAUCCUGAGCCUUCUUACUGGUGCACAGCUGUGCCACAUCUUCCAGCAGAAGCAGAACUAUGAUCUACGGCGCCUGCUUUCGGGCUCAGAGCGCAUCACUGACAACCUGCUGCAGCUCAUGGCACGAGACCCCAGUUUUCUGAUGGGGGCAGCAAGGUGUCUGCCCCUGACUGCGGCUGUGCGGGAUGCCGUGAGCACCAGCCUGCAGCAGGCGCGUGUGCGAAGCCUGGUCUUCUCCAUUUUGGUAGCCCACAAUCAGCUGGUAGCGCUUGUUCGCCGAAAGGACCAAUUCUUGCAUCCCAUUGAUCUGCACCUACUCUUCAACCUCAUCAGUUCUUCCUCCUCCUUCCGUGAGGGGGAGGCGUGGACGCCAGUUUGCCUGCCCAAAUUCAACUCGGCGGGCUUCUUCCAUGCGCACAUCUCAUACCUGGAGCCCGACACUGACCUCUGCCUGCUGCUAGUCUCCACUGACCGCGAGGACUUCUUUGCGGUUUCUGACUGCCGCCGACGCUUUCAGGAGCGCCUUCGCAAGCGUGGAGCCCACCUGGCGCUGCGGGAUGCACUGCGCACACCCUACUACAGCGUUGCCCAAGUAGGCAUCCCUGACCUGCGCCACUUCCUCUAUAAGUCCAAGAGCUCAGGACUCUUCACCAGUCCUGAGAUUGAGGCCCCAUACACCAGUGAAGAGGAGCAGGAGCGGCUUCUAGAGCUCUACCAGUACCUGCACAGCCGAGCCCACAAUGCUACCCGCCCACUCAAGACCAUCUACUAUACAGGCCCCAACGAGAACCUCCUAGCCUGGGUGACAGGCGCCUUUGAACUCUACAUGUGCUACAGCCCUCUGGGGACUAAGGCAUCAGCCGUCAGUGCCAUCCAUAAGCUGAUGCGAUGGAUCCGUAAGGAGGAAGACCGCCUCUUCAUCCUCACACCCCUCACCUACUGAUGGGAAUGUGUACAGGACCACUGGACAUGGGAAGCCAUGCGAACCUCUAGGUGGGCCUGGCUUCUCCUGCCCAGCCAGCUGUUGGGGACUGUGGAUUUCUGGGUGCAUUAAAGUGCUUUGAGGAAGAUA